UGUACCAAAAUGGCGUCCAAUAAGAAAAAACAAGAUGAAAAACACCUUAAAAACCUCAGAGAAAUGGUGGCUCUUCCACAUAACAAGCAGUGCUUUGACUGCCACCAACGUGGACCUACAUAUAUUAAUAUGACAAUAGGAGCAUAUGUUUGCACAGCUUGUAGUGGGCUACUACGAGGCUUAAACCCCCCACACAGGGUCAAGUCAAUUUCAAUGGCCAGUUUUACACCAGACGAAAUGGAGUUUCUUAAAACACAUGGAAAUGAAUACUGCAGAAAGGUAUGGCUAGGACUGUAUGACAAUAGACUAGGAAGCCAGUCAGAAUCCAGAGAUGAAUCAAAAGUCAAGGACUUCAUGUCACAGAAAUACGAGCGGAAGCGUUACUAUGUCGCUCCUACGGAGAGCAUGAAGGAAGAGGCUAGGCAAAUGAACGAGUCUGCCAUACCUAAAACCCCUGGUACAAGGCCAUUGAAGUCUCUUCUAGGCAAUGGAGCACCAAAAUUAGUAGUCGGGACUCAACAGGCAAAGGCACCAGUCCAUCCCAGGGCUACAAUAUCUGCCACACCCCCACCAAUUAGCUCCACCCCCCAGAGCCCAGGUGGUCUGAGUGUCCAGUCAUCUCGAUCUGCAGGCUCCUCAGCCAUGGGUGAUUUAUUGGGCGAUAUUGGGAGUGACCCAUUCAGUAGCUCUAGCACACCCUCACAGACUCCCGCAGGUGGAGGGUUUGCAGACUUUGGUAACUUUGGCAACACCAGUAGCUCCCAACCAGCAGCUUUCUCACAGAGCACCCCCCUUCAGCCAUUCGGCAACACCCCGCAGACAUCCCAGCCGGCCUUUAAUGGGUUUCCCCCAGCAGCCUCGAGCUCCCAGCCAGCUGGUCAACCUGCCCCAGCUGCGCCCCUGGGUGGGGACAAAUACUCAAAUCUCUCAGACCUCUUUAGCGUGGCUUCCACGGCGGAGAGUACAAGUUCUUCCGGUUGGGGCUCAUCUUUAAGCUCUGGUGGUGGAGUAAACUGGAGCAGCCCAGCUAGUGGUUCCGGUGGUUUAAACUGGGGAGGUGAUAGUACCAGCAGUACCAGCACAGGUGGAGGAGUGAGCUGGAACAGCCAACCCAGCCAGCCUGCAGCCAGUUCCAGCAGUGGCAUGAGUUGGGGAGGUGGUAUGACAACAACAUCAUCAUCGUGGGGUGGGCCUCAAUCUACAGCACAAACAAGCGGACUCGGAGUUCCGGGAAACCCAUUCGUCGCUUCCAGCGCUGCCAAUCCAUUUGGAGGAGGAAGCAGUACAUCUCUUACUACCCAGGGUGCACAACAAACAGCCAACCCAUUCGGAGUGACCGGCCCUGUUUCGACAGGUGCAGGGGGAGGAUUUGGCAAUUUUGGGACCCCUGGAGCCCCUCAGCAGGCUGGAGGAACAUUUGGGGGAUUCGGAGCCCCAGCUACAUCAACCAACGCAGGCUUUGGGCAGUUUGGUGCACAAAAUGGGGGAUUUGGUGCUACAACUUCAGCAGGGGGUUUCCCUGGGGCUCAGACAGGUCAUCCAGGGGCAGGGGGAUUUCCCACUGCAGGUCAAGGAACACACGCAUUUGGGGGUCAGGGUUUUCCCCAAGGGCAGGCAGGGUUUGGGCAGCAGCCUCAGGGCCAGGCAGGGUUCGGACAAAUACCACAAGGCCAGGCAGGGUUUGGACAAACACCGCAGGGACAGGGAGGUUUUGGCGGCCAGGGUUUUGGGGCUCCCCAACACCAGCAAGGAUUUGGGACCACCCAGCAAGGAUUUGGGGCUCCUCAACCCCAGCAGCAGGGUUUCAGCCAGAUGGCAGGAGCAGGAUUUGGGGCCCAACAUGGGGCUACGCAAGGAUGGGGCCAGGCACCAGCUUCCUCACAGGCUAACCCUUUCAUGUCAACAGCCCAGCAAUACUCAGCACCAAAGACAGGAGCAACAAACCCUUUCUUAUGAUAUUAGUGACCUUAAAUAUUUAGAAUACCUGUUGAUUAAAUAUAAGGAAGUGUGAGAAUCACCUUAUUGCUUGUCUGUUACUGUAUUAAGUAAGCAUUGGUGAUAGAUAUAGAUACAUAUGGACAAAGGCCAUUUCAAGUGUCUUUUACCGUUCGCCAUGGUUUGAGAAACGGGCUAAGAAUAAGGUAAUAAGGAUGGUAAAAAUUGAGAGAAUUGAACAAAGAGCCUGUAAUGUUCCAGGUGACAAAUAAUUGAAAUAAGGUGGUACUGUGCCAAUACAGGAACCAUAUUUGGAGCCCUAUCAUCCAUGAGUGAAAUAAAACAAUAACAAAACUGUGAACUAUUAAAUCAACGUCAGAAAUAUAAUAGAAAUUUUACUGUUGACUUAACAGAUGGAUCCAACUAUUAUUUUUAAAAUAGAUACUAUUACUUCUUAGAAAUAUUGUUAUGUAAAGGAAUAAUCAUACCAUACAUUUGUUCGUAACAUUUUAACAUGUUGUUAUUGCCUUUGUAAGUUUAAGGUUAAACAUUUUUCUUUAAAAAAGUACAAAAAUAUUUUGUUUGCUUUAUACAGAGUAGUUAAAUGUGAGCAAAAAAUCAGAUUGCAUGAUGGAUACAUGAUGGUGUUGAGUUUUAAAUAUUGACUUUGGUUCCCUGCAAGUGCAACAUAAUGGUAGGGUCACUAGGGUGGUAACUUACUACAUCAUAACAGGGGUUCUGAAGUUCAGGAUUCAUCCGGAAAUCUGGAUUGAGAGCUUCUGACUCCGGGCCAUUAUACAGUUAAGCUUUUUGCCAGGUCAUUUGCAUCACAAAUGGAGAAUUUUGAAAUUAACACCAAUUACUUCAAAAAUAAUUUCAAUAGUGGUCUUAGCCCCAAGCCCCGUUACCCUGCGUUGGGCUAUUUUAUCAUUGAAAUUGACAAUGAUAUGUUAGAUAUUUCAAUCAGAAAUUAUUACAAGUAUUAUAUUAAAACAUAAUCAUACACAAAUAUUGCAGAUAUCUUGAUAUUUUAGUUGUAAUACGAAGCACAUUGUUAAGUACAUUACACAUUAUGCAUGUCUCAUUUGUGAAACAAUUCAUGAACAUUUAAUUCAUGGGUAUUAUAUAUCAAAUAUAUAAACAUGCACACAAAAUGUUCAUUAUUAUUGCAUGUACAGUAUAUCUUAAUUAUGUAAUUUCACUUGAGGCAUUAUUUCCGAGGAUUGACAAUUACAGAAAAGUUGAUUUACCGGUAUAUUUCUUUAUACCAUAUUUGUCCUUAUAGACAACUAGAACAUGUGUAAAUUUACACACUAAGUGCUAAUUAUUAACCCAAAUGGCCAAAAAAAUCUAUAAAAUCAAUUAUCAAAAAUUUGUAACAGUUAUUUCAUUUAUAUUAACUGAAAUAUUACAAUUUUUCUUUCGAAAUUUCUCAUUAUUAAGUUUUUGAUAUCCAAACAGAUGUAUUAUGAUAUUAGACAUUACAUAAUUUCCUAUUUCAUAACAUGAUAAAAAGCAGUUCAUUUUUAUGCAUUUUUAGUGAUGCAUCCACAUAUAGUUCAUGAAUAACACUCUUUUGUUAAUAUGUGCUUGUAUUGUAUGGUCGAUGUUUCAGGCACAUGAGAAAAAUAUCAGCACUUCAACAGCUUCCAAUAGACCAGAUUCAAGCAAAAAUAACCUUCAUAAUUUUCAUUUUAAAUCUUAACAAAAGUGCCACGGAGCGAAGGCAAACGCUUGUCUGUUUUUUAGUUAUACAAGAGGCAUAGCUUGAAGUAAGUGCGGUUGUUUUGUUUUCGCGCCAAAAAUAGCACGGAAUCAACCUUACCUAGUAUGUCCUGGGGUUUGAGGGGCUUUGCCAUAUCCUGGGUUAUUGCUAUUCUCUACUUAUUUGUAUUGUCACUGGUAACUUGUGUACAAUGUUCUUAUUUUCCGCUGCAUCUGUCAUCAAUUGGGCAUAAAUUGGACAUAUUUUCAGUAUGAACAGAUAAAAAUUAUUUCUCAUUAUUUCAUAAUAUUAUUUUUGAAAACAUGAAAACAUCCCAUUUGUCUACAUGUUAAAUAUCUUUUAUAAUGUGAAUGCAGCACAUACAAAAAAAUAACUUGAUUAAAAAUAUUGCAAUAGAAUUGGUAUAUGCCUAUGUCAUUAUAAUUGCAAUUGGCUAUUUUUGCUUGAAUUUGAUCUUUCAGUGUAUUGUUAUGUUUAAUUCAGUAUUUAUUGGUGAAUACUAAUUUAUAUAAUGCUUGCCAUGAACAAAUUUAUUGUUUCAUGUUUUAUGUUGUUGCAGGUAAUUUCAAAAUUUUGUAAUGUGUUGACAAACGGCCGUUUUAUUAAGAGUCCUAGGAGUUUCUUCAGCCUUGUGCAGAACUGUUGAUAAUAUCUCAUAUGUAUGAAAUUACUCCAAAGAUUCUUGAUGAAGUUACUCCUAGGAUUUUUGGUGAAGUUACUCCUAAGAUUCUAGGUGAAAUCACUCCUAAGAUUGUUGGUGGAAAUCACUUCUAAGAUUUUAGGUGAAAUUACUCAUAGGAUUCUAGGUGAAAAUACUCCUACAAUUCUUGGUGAAAUAACUCCUAAGAUUAUUGGUGAAGUAUCUCCUUUGAUUCUAGGUGAAAUUACUCCUAAGAGUGUAGGUGAAAUUACUCCUAGGAUUUUUGGUAAAAUCACUCCUAGGAUUCUUGUUGAAUUAACCAACCGCCUGAUGUUUUUAUUAGUGCCAUUAUUUAAAUCAGAAUUUUAUUAAUAGCAUAUGAUAAUUUAUUUAAAAUGUGUCGAUUUUUUAGGACUUGUUAUUAUAUAGUGAAUUUAUGCUUAGUUUUUGCAAAAACAUGUAAAGAAAGUGUGAAAUUUGAAUCCACUGAACUUUUUUGAACAAAUAGAUUUCAUAUCUUUGGCCAGAAAUAUUUUAAAGGCCAUUACUUCUGUAUUUAUUCUCAUACAUGUAACGUUAUAUGGUGUACAUUUUUGCAUAUGGUUGUUAUGCUGAUGUUAUUUUGUGAUAUGUAUAUUGUAGCCUCUUAAGUCGAAAUAAAUUGAAAAUGUUGGUA